GGCGGCCAUGGCGGCGUUCUGGCAGCAGCGGGGCCGGCGGCAGGAGCCCGGCGGGCUGGGCGGUCUCAUCGACGGGCUGGGCAGCGUGUUCGAUGUGCUGCUGGCCAACGCCAGGCUGGUGCUGGGCGUGAGCGGCGCGGCCGUGCUGGCCAUCGCCACGCUGGCCGUCAAGAGGCUGAUUGACCGAGCCACCAGCCCUCGGGAUGAAGGUGAUCCCAAAGCUGAGCAGAAGACCCUGGAGGAGACCUGGCAGGACUUGGCCUUGAUCAAGACUACACCAAAGCCCCCCAAGAAGCAGAGAAGGGAAGACCUCAGUGAGCCCCUGCUCUCCCCAGCUCGGCCACUGGCGCCAGAUCCCAGGGCGUGCUCUGCCUCUCUGGGGGCUCCUCGGGUGAAGUCCAGCCCUCUGCGCUGCCUCACGCUGCAGGAGAAGCUCCUCUCACACCACAGCAGCCGUCUGGCUGUGCCCGAGAUCCAGGUGUCCCUCGUCCCUCAGCUGGCCAGGAGCAUCAGCACCCAACUGCAGAACUUCCUGCGGAGCAAGUGCCCAGAGCUGCCCUUCGGCCGCCUCUUCCUCAGCGGAGCCCUCCUGGACGGCCUGGAGGUCCUGGCAGCCGACCACAUCCACCUCAUGCUGCCCGUGGUCCUCGAUGCCGGGCUCUGGAGCCUCAUCCCGGGAGAGGACACCGUGGUGAGGAACCCCCAGUACUGGAUGAUCAAGAGGGUCGAUCUGGGGUAUUUCCCCCGUGGGUGCAGCCCCUGGGACAGGUUUAUGGUGGGCCGGUACCUCUCCUCCAACGUGCUCAAUGAGACCCUCCACAAGAUGCUGGUGGCCUCCAUCAACUGGCCUGCCAUCGGCGGCCUGCUGGGGUGUGUCAUCCACCCCGUCGUGGCCUCCCGGGAGCUGAAGCUGGAAGUCAAACAUGAUCAGGUCGAGCUGAGCAUCACCCUCUUUCCAGUGGUGGAAAUGGAGGACAAGGUUCUUCUGGCUCUUCCUCCUGAGGGACUGGUGGAAAACCUCUGGCUCGAGAGCUUUUACAGGGCAGAGGUCUCGAAGGUGAAGGAGCUGGAUGCCGGCGAUGCCGGGGCUCGGCAGCGCUGCCUCCGCAUCCUGAACGGUGUCUGCAGGAGCCACCCCACCCUGCACAAACUGGGGGGCAGCCCCGUGACCCACGUCAUCCUGCACCUCAGUGACUCCGGCUCCGACUGGGCAGAGGAAAGCCUGGCUGACAGGUUCCAGCAGGUGCUCGAGGAGCUGGUGGCCUACCUGGAGAAAGGGGUCCUGCCUUCCUAUUUCAACCCCAAAAUCAACCUGUUCUCCGGGCUGUUGGAAGAGGAAAUCGAUGAGAUGGGCUUUGUGCUCUACAGGGCCAUGUCUGAGCCGGAGCUCCUGCUGGAGUGACCAGUGCGUCAGGAGCUCCCGGAUGUGGGAUGUUCCUCACCCGCCUGCUGCUCCCUGCUGUGAGGGCUGCCAUGCUUCUAGUUGACUAGUCAGUAAGAGGCAAAGUUCUUGCACUUUAUGAGAAAAAAAA